UUAAAAGUGGCGUUCUACCUGAUCUGAUGGAAAGACUCCUUUAACACGAAAAGCAUUUAUUUGAUUCUGAUUUUCCAUUCCAACAACCGAACAAAUACCUACAUCUCUCUCUCCAAAUCUGGAAAUUUCGAUCUCCGACUCUACAUUUCUGGCGUAUAAUUUAGCUCCUUUUCAAUCUGACAAGAAUUUGAAGUGGGAGUAUGGUGUUGUUGAUUUUAAGAAGAUGAGUGGGGGCGAAAGAAACUGAAAUGGUGGAGAACGAUUUCUGAAGACUUAGUGAUUUGAUUUGUGCCAUUGAUUGUCAAGGAGAGAGUCUGCUAAGUGUCAAGCAAGUGCUGCAUGGCUCUCCUCUCAAAAAAGCACUGCAUGGCCUUUGUUGGUGAUGUGGCAUAAAUGGAAGGAGAAGGGCCUGUACAGGUUCUUCAAAUACAUAAAAUCUUUGCUGGAGAUUAAUGACACAAUUUUCGAUGGUAGACCUGAAGAUCUCCCAUCGGCCAAUCAUAUCUUACAGGCCCAUACGGCCCUCUGAUCUGGAUGUUCUUGAGCAAAUCCAUGGCGAUGUGUUUCCUAUCAGAUAUGAAUCUGAGUUCUUCCAAAAUGUUGUCAAUGGACGGGAUAUUGUGUCUUGGGGAGCUGUUGACCGUAAUCGUUCUAAUGGUGAAAGUGAUGAAAUUAUUGGAUUUGUUACAGCACGGCUUGUUCUAGCAAAUGAAAGUGAGAUAGGGGAUAUGCUCCAAUGUGACUCAUCAAAAUCUGGUCAGACUCUAGUCUACAUUCUGACACUGGGAGUAGUGGAAACUUACAGAAAUCUUGGCAUAGCUUCUACACUUAUUCGGGAGGUUAUCAAAUAUGCUUCAAGUAUUCCUACAUGCCGAGCAGUUUAUUUGCACGUUAUUAGUUACAACAAUCCUGCCAUUCAUUUUUAUAAGAAAAUGUUAUUCAAGUGUGUGCGAAGGCUGCAUGAUUUUUACUUCAUCAAUGGUCAGCAUUAUGAUUCAUACUUAUUCGUUUACUAUGUAAAUGGCGGUCGAUCUCCAUGCUCACCAUUAGAGCUUGUCACGGUUGUUGUGACAUGCAUGAGGAAUGGGCUUAAGUCAGUGGCUGCAAGGCUAUGGAAGAAUGACGAUAAAUCGCCAAAAUGGUCCAAAUGUAAAGAAAGUUGGGGCCUUAUGAGGACAACACAAUCGAAGAGAGUCCUCACACCCGAGGGUAGUGGGUGUGAGUGUGUUUAGUAUGUUCUUUUCUCUUCCCCUUUAUCUCUAUUAACUCCUAGCUAGAAACCAUGAAAUAAUCUCCCACUGCAAUAACUUUUCCCUUCUUAGUUGAAGGGUGAUUUGGAUCUGUCUCUGUUUGUCUAAGUUUCUCUUCACCAAUAAAACUCAUUAGGAUGUAUCAUUUUUUUCUGGUGUAAAAAAAGAGGGUUUGAUCUCACUUGAAACAAAUAGUUUGUUAUGAUGCCAUCUUUGGUUUAUUCCAAACUUGAUUCUUAGCUUAACAAGAAUGUAUGUUGAAGACUAA